CGGGAAUAUAUUGAAUUUGUUGAUGGAGGUACAAUUGGACUUGAUUGGGUAGAGGAAGGACCAAUACUACCACCAACUGCUCCUAUUAUUGUAGUCUUACCCACAUUAACAGGAAGUGUUUCAACUUGCAGUAAUUUCUGUCUCAGAGCUAGUCAAAGAGGAUACAGGUGUAUUGUCUUUAAUAAAAGAGGUCAUGGUAAUACUAUAUUAAAAACUCCAAAGUUACAAGGCUUUGGAGAGACUGCAGAUUUAAGAGAAGCUGUUCUUCAUAUCCAUAAAACAUAUCCUCAAGCCAGAAUGAUGAUGACUGGUGCUAGUGCAGGUUCAGGAUUACUAGUGUCAUAUUUAGGAGAUUAUGAAGAUCAUGCCAUUGUUUGCUGUGGUGUUACCGUGGCAGCAGGCUAUGACAUGGUAGAUUUAUUUUCAAAUUGUCUACCAUUGGUGUAUGAGGUUAUACUACUGUAUCAUUUGAAGCAAAUUUUAACUCAAAACCGCCAAAUGUUAGAGAGUGCUGUAGAUUUUAAAACUGCUAUGUCUGCUUGGAGUUUCACAAAAUAUGAUGGAUGUGUUUAUGCUAAAUUUGGAGGUCAAAGUUCAGCUCUUGAAUAUUGGAAACAAAAUAAUCCUAUGCGUGCUUUAAAUAAAAUAAGAGUACCAAUUUUAGGAGUCAACAGUUUAGAUGAUCCUGUAUGUGUUAAGGAAAAUAUUCCCUUUGAAUUAAUCUCUCAGGAUGACAAUAUGGUAUUAUUAACAAUUAACAAGGGAGGUCACUGUGGUUAUUUGGAUUCUGACUUGGAAUCAAAAUGGUUAGACAAUAUUAUUCUAGAAUAUUUUGAUGUCAUUUUGAAAUAUUUA